AUGAGCACCAGUCUUCACCUCUCCAAAGACUCCUCUGGCAUUGAUGUAGAUCCUACCCUUUAUAGGAGUAUGAUAGGAAGUCUUCUGUAUCUCAUAGCCAGUCGUCCUGAUAUUUCCUUCAGUGUCGGUGUUUGUGCCCGUUACCAAGCCAGUCCUAAAAAGUCUCACCUUCUUGCAGUCAAACGCAUCAUCAAAUAUGUUAAUGAAACAUUGGGGUAUGGGUUACUUCAAAGGAAUGAUCCUGAAAAGUUUGUGAACCUCGGAAUCGACCCUCCUGAGGGUGUUCUAUGCUAUGGUCCACCUGGUACCGGUAAGACACUUUUAGCUAGAGCUAUGGCUAAUAGAACUGAUGCGUGUUUCAUCCGUGUUAUUGGAAAUGAACUUGUUAAGAAAUAUGUUGGGGAGGGUGCCUGUCUGGUUCGUGAACUAUUUCAGAUGGCAUGUUCCAAAAAAGCUUGUAUCAUGUUUUUUGAUGAACUAGGUGCCAUAGGAGGUGCACGUUUUGAUGAUGGUGUAGGUGGAGACAAUGAGGUUCAGCGCACUAUGCUUGAAAUUGUGAAACAGCUUGAUGGAUUUGAUGCUCGAGGGAACAUCAAAGUUCUGAUGGCAACAAAUCGACCAGACACUCUAAACCCUUCUGUUACUAGUGGAUCCGUGGUUGGUGCUAUUUGA